AUGUCUCAAAACUAUUCCUGGAAUGAUCGGGAGUAUGUGCUUCAGCGUGUACAACAAGAUGGAUUGUCACUCCAAUUAGCUUCUCAAGAAUUACGAAAUGAUCCAGAGAUUGUAUUGGAAGCAAUGAACCAAAAUGAGGUUGCAUUUGAAUAUGCUUCCGAAGAAUUGAAAAUCAAUGCGGAAUGGUUAUUGAAAAUAUGUAAUGAGAACAAUAGACUCAAAAAGUACAUUCAAGAAGAAGUAUUUGGAACUAUUGAAAAGGCUAAGCAAGGAAUUGCAAGAAAUGUCAAAAUAUUUCUCUUACUCACACCUUCUCUUCAAAAAGAGCCAGAAAUAAUCAAUUCCAUCUUUCAAGAAGGUCCGAAACAAUUUUCAUUCGCCUCCAAUUUUGAUGAAAUUAUUGAAUACUAUUCCAAUAACUUUAUAUCAGAUCAGAAUACAUUUGAUUUCUAUUUAUAUUCGAACAUCCAACCCACCCCUUCCAGAACAGUUUUCUCUAUAUUUACAUCAACAAAUUAUCCAAAAGAAAUGGUGAUAGAAUUUGCAUUGAUGAAAUUAUUCCACAAAUUUAUAACUUCUCAUCACAUCAAUCUGAAUUCAUUUAUUGUUGCUCAUGAGAAAAUUCAACACACCACUGAUUAUUAUUUAUUCAGUGACACUAUUCAUAACUUUCUGGACCAUUUAUGGAAUACUCUCAAAUCAACUCAUUACAAACAACUGCAAAAGGUUGUGAAUAACAUUGUACAAGAUUUUCCAAUUGAGAAAUUGUUAGAAUCAUGCUUUGGUUUUAUUGUGAAAUUUUUGAACGAUUGGAAACAAAUGAAAGACUUUCCUCGACUUACAUCCAUUCAACAAUUGACAACACAAAAUCUUUCCAAGCAUGGCAUGGAGUUGGAUAGAAUUCGACGAUGUUGUCAAAUUGCGAAAUCUCAACCUCAAUUCAAAACUAUUCAUUUCAUUUCAUUGUUGGGAAUGGGUGCACAAGGUGCUGUAUUGAGAUGUUUGCACAAGAAUCAUGGAAUGAUUGCUUGUAAAUUCUCUUUUGAACCAACAAACGACCCCAAUAGAUUGAACGAACAAUUUAAAGUGUUAAAAGAUCCUCGUGUGAAAGGACAUGUGAUUGAUUGUAUUGAAUGUAAUACUAUAGAAUGGAAUGACUUACAUUACCCAUACAUUAUCAUGGAAAUGGGAAGAGGAACAUUGAAAGAAGAGAUCUACUCUAUUCAUUCAAAUCCGAUUUUGAAAUAUUAUAAGAAAGAAUCAAAAUCCAAGUUUAUUGAGAAACAAGAGUUGAUUUGGAUUUUGAAUUGUUUUAUUGAUAUUCUUAAAGCGGUGACUGUUUUGCAUGGAAUGAACAUACUAUACAGAGAUUUGAAGCCAGAGAAUGUUAUUCUCACACAAUAUGGAAAGCCGAAGUUAUUAUUCACAAGCACAAUUCAAAAUGUUCAAUUUUGGGAAGAAGUAGAUUUGAAUGUUGGAACUUAUUUAUAUAUGGCACCGGAAACCUUAAGUAAUGACUUAAGUUAUAUCGAAAAUAACAUCACAGUAUCGAAAUUUUGUGAUGUGUUCUCUUUGGGAUGCUUGUUCAUGAGAAUGUUGACCAAUUGUUCAUUGAUACUUGAUGGAACAUAUUUAAACUCAAAAGAACAAGAUUCUUAUGGAAGUCAAUACGAAACAACCAACACUGAUGAUGUGAAUUAUUUCUCAGAAUAUGGAGAAUAUUUUUAUGUGGCUGUUGCAACUCCACAUGGAGAAUCCAAAUUACAUCAAGCACUUUAUAAGGAAUUGGACAAACAUAUUGAUCCAUCAUGGAAAGUGAAUGACAUUCUUGGAAGAUGUUUGAUGACCAUGAUUCAGAAAGAUGUUGAAACUCGAAGAGGUUGUGUGAGAUAUAUUCCAAUUUUGCAAGCUGUGAAACAAUCACUUGAAAAAGAUGGAGAUCAUAAUCCAGAUUUUUCCUCUCUUGAUUUGAGUUUAUUGAAAGAAUAUCAACCAUCAUUUAUUGAAAAGAUGAUGAAAGAGAAUAGAAUAUUGAAACAACUAAAUAUGGAGACUGGGCAAAUUUUAAACAGGUCCAAUAAUGGUAAUUUUCUACUCGAAGAUUGUCAAUAUGUUGAAACGAUUUACCAAAGUACAUACGGUGAGAGUAUGGUAUGGAAAGUUUUUCAUAAGAAAUAUGGAGAAAUAGCUUGCAAAUUAAUGCUAAACCAAGGUGUUACCAAAAACAGUGUAGAAGAGCAGUUUAAAUUACAACAAGUAGAAGAACUCAAAGAUUAUAUUGUUCAAUGUAUGGAAUGGGGAACUAUUUGGUUAGAGAAAGAUCAGCGCAAAUAUGAGUAUGUUUAUUUAGUGAUGGAAAUGGGACAGGGAACAUUGGAACAUGAAAUUAUUACGCUUCAUACUAAGCAUUGGCUCUCUCAAUCAGAUAUCAACAAAUGUUACAUAGAUAGAAAAUACUUUAUUCAAGUAUUAAGCCAUUUUAUUAGAAUUCUAAAUGGUAUGAAUGUCUUGCAUUGCAAAAACUUAGUUCACAGAGAUAUCAAAACUUCAAACGUAAUCAUUUCAAAAGAUGGCAAAGCUAAAUUGAUUGAUUUUGAGACCAUGAAAAGCAUUCAAUUACUUCAAACCAUAACCAGUAAUGUUGGAACAUAUCCUUAUAUGGCACCAGAGGUCUUGAGCUCCCCUGAAAAGGAAUGGUUAACAGAAAAUACCGAUGUAUCUAGAUAUUGUGAUGUAUAUUCAUUAGGAUGCGUUUUAAUGAGAUUAUUGACAAAUUGUAGUUUGCGAAUUCAUCCUGAAUAUGCAGGAUCUAAAUUAGGAGACAAUAUUUCCAACAUACCUGUUUUCUCAAACCAAUACGAGGGAUUUUGUUUUAAUACAUUAUUGACAACACCUGAAGGAGAGCAAAAGCUUCACCGAGCGUUAUAUAGUGAGAUUGACAAACACAUUGAUCCCUCUUGGAAACUGAAUGAUGUAUUAGGAAGAUGUGUCAUUACAAUGAUUCAACAAGAUACUACAGGACGUCGAGAGUGUGCAGAAUAUGUCAAAAUUUUGGAAAAGGUGAUGUAUUACUUGGAACAUGAGACUGAACCUGUUGAGUUUUCUCAAGAGGAGCUCAAAAUAUUGCGACAUCAUGAACCAUCAUACAUUGAAUCUCUUGUCUGCGAAAAUUCCACUCUCAAGAAUGAAAACGAGAGAUUAAGAGCUCUCUUGAAACAACAUGGUAUUAAUCCUGACGAAUAA